ACAAGUAACCGGAAGUCUCGUGUGUGUUGUAGCGUUAGCUGAGGAGCAUAUUUGUCAGUGUUGAGGCGGCAGAGCUCCAGGUAAACCCGCACACACUCAGAAUCCAGAGAGAGACCAGGACAUCAGAGUCCAUGAGAGAGGAGGAGCAGGAGGAGCAGUAGAGGAGCGGAAUGGAGGAGGACAAGCAGAACCCGGAGCACCGGAGCAACAAGGUCCGGAGAAGACAAGCAGCAGGCUCGUCCUCUGAUAGCAGCGAUGUUGAGAAACAGAGAGGAAGAGACGGGGUCAAGCAUCACAGCUGUCAGCACUGUGACAAAUCCUUCUCAUCAUCUGGAAACUUAAAGGUUCACGAAAGAAUUCACACCGGAGAAAAACCAUACAGCUGUGAUCAGUGUGGGAAAACUUUCACUCGGUCAGAUAAACUAAGUGUCCACCGACGUGUCCACACCGGAGAAAAACCGUACCGCUGUGAACAAUGUGGGAAAAGUUUUUCUCAUAGUGACAACCUUAAAGUCCACCAGCGCAUUCACACGGGAGAGAAACCAUACAGCUGUGACCAGUGUGAGAAAACUUUCAUCACUAAAAGUAACCUAGAAAUCCACAGUCGCGCUCACACUGGAGAGAAACCUUAUGAGUGUGGCCAGUGUGGGAAAGCUUUCAUCUUUCUAAGAAGUCUAGAAAAACACCAACGUGUUCACUCUGGAGAGAAACCGUACAGGUGUGAACAAUGUGGCAAAAGUUUUUCCCACAGCGGCAACCUUACAGUCCAUCAGCGCAUUCACACCGGAGAGAAACCAUACAGCUGUGACCAGUGUGAGAAAACGUUCAUCACGCAAGGUAACCUGGAAAAUCACCGCCAUGUUCACUCCGGAGAGAAACCGUUUGAGUGUGACCAAUGUGGGAAAAGCUUCUCUCGGGUCAAUUGCCUCAAAGUGCACCAACGUGUGCACAGUGGAGAGAAACCAUACAGCUGUGAGCAGUGUGAGAAAACCUUCGCUCACAGUGGGAACCUUAAAGUUCAUCAACGGACUCACAGUGGAGAGAAAUCGUACUGGUGUGACCAAUGUGGGAAAAUGUUUAAUAGGUCAGAUUCUCUUAAAGCUCACCAACGUGUCCACACUGGAGAAAGACCAUACUGCUGUGACCAAUGUGGGAAAGCUUUUUCUCAUGGCAGCCACCUUAAAGUCCACCAGCGCAUUCAUGCUGCAGCGUGUUGAACAGUCUUGCAUUGUACUCCUGAUUUUAUUUAGCAUUUUAAAAAUCAUGUUUUUCAUGUAGUCAUUCUUGUUUUGCUCAGAGUUUGCGUAGAAUUUUACACAUAAAUCUGGCAUGCAUUAAUAUAUUUUUACCUGAACGUUUUUUUUAACUCUGAACGAAUGAAGGACUGCCUCACACCAAACACAAACGAUGAAGGCUUGGCUGAUUUUAAAAAAAAUAUUAUCACACACCUUGUAACCAAACAUGCAGCAUAUUAAAAUUGUAUUCAUUAACACAGGCUGUAAUACACAAUAAUAUGUAAAGUGUGAAGUUAAUUAGGCAUUGGCCAAAUGUCAUAAUUAUUGUCAUAAUUAAAACAUUAUGCCUUAAAAAAA